AUGGUUCGCUACACGUGGGCUUUUGCUGCCCUGGGCUGUGUCUCACCAGUCGUGUCUGCCUUGACUUACGAGUCUCACCCCGAGAGACUCGAUGCCGUCGCGGAAGCCUUCCAACGGGCCUGGAACGGCUAUUACACCUACGCCUUCCCCAAUGACAGCUUGGCGCCGAUCACGAAGACUUCUUACAACGACCGGAAUGGAUGGGGAGCAAGUGCGGUCGAUGCUAUAUCGACUGCUCUGGUCAUGGGCAACAAGAAAGUCGUCAACGAGAUCGUGGAUCAUAUUACAACCAUCAACUUCAACAUGACUUCUCCUGACGACACCUCAGUCUCGUUAUUUGAGACCACCAUUCGCUAUCUGGCAGGAAUGCUUUCAGCCUAUGAUUUUCUGUCAGGGCCCCUGAGUGAUCUAUUGGACGAUCCAGCUUCCUUGGACACGAUAUUAAAGCAGGCUGUGAGCCUUGCCGAUACUCUCAGUGUCGCAUUUACUACGUCAAGUGGAGUUCCGAUCAACGACCUUAUCUACAACGGCCCCGAGGGGCCUGUUCCUGACAGGACUGAAACCACGAACGGCAUUGCGACGAUCGGGACCUUGGUUCUCGAGUGGACGCGUCUGAGCGAUCUCACUGGUGACACCAAGUACGCCGAGUUGACGCAGACGGCCGAAGACUACCUCUUGAAUGUGCGGAACCCCGGCGUCGGAGAGCCCUAUCCGGGACUGAUCGGUACCGAUGUGAACGUCACAAACGGCCUAUUCGUUGACUCUAGUGGUGGAUGGAAUGGCGGUACAGACUCGUUCUACGAGUAUCUGAUUAAGAUGUACUUGUACGAUACGGCACGAUUUGCCGAGUACAAGGAUCGAUGGUCUCUAGCUGUCGACUCGAGCAUCAAAUACUUGGCGUCGCAUCCCAGCAGUCGCCCAGAUCUGACCUUCCUGGCUGCGUACGAGGGUGCAGGACCUGCCAACCUCUCGUUCUUUUCAGAACAUCUUGCGUGCUUCGACGGCGGCAACAUCAUCCUCGGUGGUCUGACUCUCAACAACCAGGGAUACAUAGAUUUCGGCCUUGAGCUCGUGGCAGCCUGCCACGAUACUUACACUGCUACUGUGACCGGAAUUGGCCCCGAGAUUUUCCAGUGGCAAGACAGCAAGCUGGCGCCCAACGCUACGAACAACGCGGCGCCACCGGCGAACCAGAGCAGCUUCUACGAAACGGCCGGGUUCUGGAUCACCGACCCGGUCUACGACCUGCGGCCCGAGGUGAUCGAGAGCUUCUACUACGCGUACCGCGCCACCGGCGACUCCAAGUACCAGGACUGGGCGUGGGAGGCGUUCCUGCACAUCAACGCGACGUGCAGCGCGGGCGUCGGCUUCAGCUCUGUGAUGGACGUCAACGCGCCGGGCGGCGGCGGCUUCUACAACCAGCAGGAGAGCUUCUGGUUCGCCGAGGUCCUGAAGUACAGCUACCUGAUCCAGGCCGAGGAGGCGCCGUGGCAGGUCUCGGCCGCGCACGACAACGAGUGGGUCUUCAACACCGAGGCGCACCCGUUCCGCGUUGCCGGCACGCCUGUCUGA